GCGCUCCGCCUCGCUCCCAACCUGACAUGCGCAAGAUGGCGGCUGCGGAGCCUUCAGCGGUUGCUCCCAUCGGUCCGUCCUGACGGGCCCCCGUCUCUCUCGCGUCGCCAUGUUGCUGAGGGCAGGCGCGGCCGUGCUAGGUCCACCCCGCCGGCCCCCCCUGUGGCUAAGUGGGGGCGGAGGGAUGAGGUGUCUCGGCGGGGGCUCCCCUCCCCCACCCGCGGCUGUUCGGUGCUUCCCGCUCAGCCGCGCGCUCCUGCGCGUGCAGGGACCCGAGGCGGACACGUUCUUGCAGGGGCUGCUCACUAAUGACGUAGCGCGACUGAUGCAGGGUGGAGCGGACCAUCUCCCGGAGGGCGGGGCUCCUUCGCCACUGAGCUCGCCCCCUGCACGCGCUCAGUACACGCAUGCGCUCAACGUGCAGGGCCGGUGCCUCUAUGAUCUCAUCCUCUACAGGCUUCAUGAAAGUCAAGAAGAGGAACCAAAUAUCCUGCUGGAGUGUGACUACUCAGUGCUGGAUUCUGUUCAAAAGCAUUUGAAAUUGUACAAGAUCCGGAGGAAAGUAAACAUAGCCCCCUGCCUCGAUCUCUCUUUGUGGGCAGUUAUCCCAGAGGAACAGUCUGGAGAUGUUUUCAGUACCCUUGAUAAAUGUGCAGACAAAACUUUGGUUUUAACUCCUGAUCCCAGAGUAGAAGUCAUGGGUUGGAGAUUGAUUACAAACAAAGAGGAAAAUCCACUAGAAAUUGUCCCUGGAAGUCAUAUAGGAAAUAUUAGCGAUUAUCAUAGGCACAGGUACAAACAAGGAAUAGCUGAAGGCGUAAAAGACAUCCCUCCAGGAGUAGCCUUACCACUGGAAUCCAACCUGGCCUACAUGAAUGGAAUCAGUUUUACCAAAGGCUGUUAUAUCGGACAGGAGUUAACAGCUAGGACCCACCACACGGGUGUCAUCCGUAAACGCCUAUUGCCAGUGCAGCUUUCAGCCCCUUUGCCAUUGGGAAGCAUUCCCGAGGGUGCUGCGAUCUUAACUGAAUCGGGAAAGUCAGCUGGCAAGUACCGGGCUGGUGGAGAUGAACUUGGCAUAGCUUUGCUGCGAUUAGCUAACAUAAAUGAGCCACUUCAUAUCAAUUUACCAGGUGACACUAGUGUGAACCUUACUGCAGCUAUACCUAAUUGGUGGCCAAAAACUGCUAACAAAUAAAUGAGCAAUCCUCUGCGGCAUAUCUGCCUUACUUAACAAACUUUGUCUGAUAGGCUGGGAAGUUCAUUCAAUCUCUUACUCCCGUCCAUCAUAGUUUCCUUUUGUCUUUAUCUUUUACUUGCAGCACUUGAGCAGGGUGUGAUACAGAAGGGUCCUUGGGAGCUGGGCCAAAAGGCAAAAGGAACCUGAUGCAUAAGCGAGUCACUGACAAAACAAGGGCUAAGUAGAGAAGCACAUAGGAGAGCAGAGAAAUAUUCAGCAAAGUCUGUAAAGUUCACCAUGUGGAGUUCCUGCUGCUUGCUUCCCCUUAAGGAAGAGGUGUAUGGGGAGGGAGAUUAAGGAGACUUGGCAUGUACUGGGCAACUGGGCUCCAUCCCUGAAGAUCCUUGACCCAGCCACAGCAUUCUUGUGGCCCACGCUCUCCCUCUGCGACCUGUACCGUACUUCCCUCUCUCAAAGAGAGUGAAGACAGGCCAAUUAUUGCUGGUUGUAUCAGUCCCAUGGGAAUUCGCAAGGUAGAGAGCAGAUCUCUAUACUGAUUUCCACUAGCUGGUUAGCUUACUCAAAGCCAAGGUCCCACAGCUAUGCAGAGACGGACUUCCAAGGAACCACAGAGGAGCCUGUCACAGAGACACUGCUCCCCAGCUGUGUGUCUGGGAGCUUUGCUGAGAGUUUUUGGUUUCCUCUCACGACACAGUGGAUGAUCACAUACAGCUUGAAGAGUCUCUUGGGGCAGAGGGAGGAGGCUUGGCAUGGGUGAGAACUAUUAAGCAGUCCAGUGGGGCCAUUAAGGAAUCCAGCCCCUACUCUAUGUGAGAGUGCCCUGUGUUUAUUUGGGUGGUGCUGGAUCUGGGCCCUGCUGAGUAUUUAAGUCUGCCCUCCAUUGGAUGGAUCAAAACUUGUUCUGAAUAUAGUGCUGCAUAUAUUGAAAUGCUCAAAAGGGGAGGUGGGAAUAGGAAUUUUAUCACAGUAUGUGUCAAAUGUUUGUCAGGAUUAUUUCUGUGGUAUUGUAAAGCUUUUUAAAAGGUGUGUGCUGCCCAUUUCUUUCAAUAGCAUGUGUUUUUGCUACACUGGCUAAAAUGUUAACUGUGAACGUUCUUUGCGUCAGGCUCUCUGCACUGCUCCUAAAUUGCUGGCUGACUGAGAACUUUUUUUUGUCAUUACUGUUAACUCUCUCUGAAGGAAGAGGAAUGGAUUGUACUCUGCAUUUGAAAUAAGGAUUUUGCUUUUAAUACUUGACCACAUGGGCGAGCAAUGUAUGCAGAUACUGUAAUAUCAGUAUGCACUCUACUGCUGCAAGGUCAGCAGAGGGAGCACAAUGAUCAGUAGUAUACCCAGAGCUGCCCUGCCAUGGCCAGGAUACUAGUAAUAAAAGCCUGAUCGAUGCACUGGUUUUGUGUCAGUUUAACUAUUUCAUGUCAGGGUGUGAUAUUUUACUGAAAUAGCUACGCCAGUACAACCCCUAGUCUGCACACAAUUAUACUUGUAAAUAGAUGCCUUCCCCAUCCUUCAUGGGAAUAAACUAUAUUGAUAUGAACGACUUUACAGCAGUAUAACUGGUUUAACUUUGUCGGCAAAUGUUGAGAUUUUGGCUGGCAGAAAUCACAAAUAAGUGUACGUAUAUGCUAGAAAUGCUACAGCUGUGCCACUGUAGUUGUAGGCACUUGCUACAGUGACAAAAGGGGUUGUUCUAUGGCUGUAGUAAACACACUGGGGCCUAAGUUGGCUUAACUAUGUUGCACAGGACAUAAAAUUUUUCACAGUGCUGAGUGACGUAGUUGAGCUGGCCUAACUUUGUAGUGUUGAUGAGGCCUGAGUGUAGACAUAUGCAAAACUAUGCUGCCAAAAGGAAAAUUUUGCCAGUAAAACUUUCUAGUGUAGACCAGGCUUAAGUGUCUCCAUGCUAACACUUUAAAUUUACUAGGAUAGUUAAUAGGUAAAAGAGUACAACUUCGUGUGUAGACAAGCCUAAAUAAAGGUACUAAGAACACAUAAAUAAAAUAUUAGGACCAUGUGCCUUGAGAUUCUUUAAAAAAAAAAAAAAAAAAAAGCCAAAACCCGAGGCUAUAUGACUGUUCCCACAUAAUCUCUUCAAAGCCAAUGAAGGGACAUGUCCCCUCCCCAAGGUGAGAUGUCCACUCAUUCCCUGCCUACAUCAUUCUCAGCCCCAUAGAGGGCUCCCUCUGAAGGAUGGGGGACAGUGCCAUAGAUAUGCUGGAGGGAGUAACAAUCCUGCCUUCUAUAAGAAAGUGCUGUACAGUGCCCUAUGGAUUUGAGGCCUGAUUGCCACCCACACUCCAUGUCCUGUUCUUCCCAGCUGUCUAACUCUAACUCUUUUGCCCUGAACUAGGCGGUUUCUUUCUUUCUUCACUACUGCCCCUGUCCUCCAACAGCUUCAUGUAGCCCACAAAUAAGGCCUUCUGGUUAGUCCCUGCUGCUGGCUCUUACUGGGGGUUUCUCUAGCCGCCUGACUUCCUGGGUGCUCAAAUGUGCAUCCAAGUAAAGUGACCAGACAGCAGAUGUGAAAAAUCAGGACGGGGUGAUGGUAAUAGGAGCCUAUACAAGAAAAAGACCCAAAAAUCGGGACAUCUGGUCACCCUACACCCAAGUAUUUGGGGCCCUUUUGGCUACUUUUCCCAUCUUUGCACCUCCCUUCCCCCCGCUGGCCUACUCUGAGCCUCCUCUUCCUCACCCCCCUCUAACCCUAAACUAAUUUAUAGAAGCUGUGUGGUGUGUUUUGUUUUUUUUUUUAAAUAAAUCAAUGUGAACUCAGAAGCGAGGUGUGUGGAAGAGAAGUGAGGGGGAUGAAUGAGAAGGGCCCUAAUUGAAUGGGUCUGGAAGGGGCCCAAGAUGAUGAACUAGCCCUGUUUAAUAUUUGUUUGAAAUAACUCUUGUCCAAAGGGCAUUUUGUCAUUGCCUUGCUGUAGCCAUUACUGUGAAGUGAAAUGUAUAUGAAAAAUAUUCAUUAAAACUCCUCAGGCUUGCUGUAAAAGGAAUCUGUGGAAUUACUCAUUAAAAGUUAGCUAUGUCAAUGAUUUAA